AUGCGCUUCUACAUCCACCACGACGGCGACCCCGAGUUCACGCUCGCCGUCAGCUGGGCUCCGACCGACAGGCGCGCCGUCCGCGACCUGUGUGCCCUCGUUGCAAAGCGCUUGCCGGCCACCGCCGGCACGCGGCACAUUAGCCUCGUGACCGAGAAUGGCGUCGAGCUGCCGGCCGGCCACUGCGUGUGCGCGUGCGUGCGGGAGGGUGCCGACCUGAUCGCGAAAAGCGUUGCGCGCCCGCCCUCCCAGCCAGCGCCCGCCGCUGCGGCCAACGCCGCCGAGGACUUAGAGCCGUACCUCAAGGCCGCGGACAAGGCGUACGCGGCGCGGCAGCUGGCGCGGGCCAAGACCAUCUACACGGAGCUGCUCGGCGUCUCUCCGCGCCUCUUCACGGCGCUGCUGCGGCUCGGCCUCAUCGAGGAGCAAGCGGGGCGGCACGAGGAGGCGUGCCACUGGCUGCAGCGGGCGGUGCGCGAGGACCCCGCGAGCGAGGAGGCCGCGGUCGCUCUCGCGCGCUCCCACCUCGCGGCGGGCGAGGGCGAGGAGGCGGCCGCCGCGGUGCGCGCCGCACUCGAGCGGUGCGGCUCCGGGGCGGGCGGCAAGGCGGGCGGCAAGGCGGCGGCCAAGGCGUGCGUCGCGCUCGGUCAGCACGACGACGCGCUCAAGAUCUUUCUGCGGCUGGUGACGCAGCGCUCCGACGACAGCGCGGUGCGCCGCCUGCUCGCAGCCUCGCUCGGCUCCAAGGACGGGAUGGCGCUGCUGCGGCAGCAGCUCGCCUUCGACGCAAAGUCGGCGUCGGCGCUCGCCUUCCUCGCGACGAUCGCAAGGGACCACUCCAAGCUCUCCGCCUCGCUCGAGCUCAUCGCCGAGGCAGCGCGGCUCGUGCCGGACGCGUCCGCGUACGCGCUGCAGCGCGCGCACACCCUCGAGGUCGAGCUGCGCUACGCCGACGCGCUGGAGGCCGUGCGCGAGCACUGCGACGCCAACCCGCAGCGCGCCGCCGCCGGCGUGCGCUGCGCUGACGUGGCGGCGCUGCUUCCGACGAGGGAGCAGUGCGAGGCCGCGCGCUGGCGGCCUCCCUCCGCGCCGCCCUCCGCGUCGCCCUGCAAGGGGACGGCGGAGGAGGCCGCGUUGCGAGCCGCGGCGACGGAGAUCAGGGACCUGCACCUCACGCUCAUCCGCAAUGAGAACGCGUACUACUGCUGCGCCGCGAUGCUCCUCGCCACGCCUCCGCCGCAGCCGGCCGACCCGCCCCUCGCGCCUCUGUACGUGGCCGGCGACUCGCACGCCCUCUCGCCCUCGUGGCGCGUGGUGCGCUGGCGCGGACAGCCGCGCGUGCUCGUGCCCGUCCUCGUGACCGGCCUCAAGCUGUGGCACCUUCGCGACGGCGCAGACUUCUUCCCAAAGGCAAACUUCGAGGCGGCGGCCGCCUCCCUCCCCGACGGCGCGGACGUCGUCUUCGCCUUUGGAGAGAUCGACUGCCGCGAGGGCUUGCUGCUCGCCGUCGAGCGGGCGCGCUACCGAGACCUCGCACAGGCGAUCGACACGGUGGUUGACAUCUACAUCCGCACGCUGCGCCGGCUAGCGGCGCGCCGGCGCUUCAACAUCCUCGUCCCUCCGGUCCUGCCAGAGACUCGCGCCGUCGUCAAGCAGUUCAACGCUGCCCUGCGGCGCGCCGUCGAGCGCGCCUCGCCCGUGCUCGCUUGGCUCGACUUUUUCGAGCAGCUCCUCACACCCGCCGGCGACGCGCUCGCGGACGGCCUCGCCCUCGACGGCACCCAUCUCAACCCGCAGUACGUCCGCCUGCUCGAGGCGGCGCUGCCAGCCUAG